AUGAUUCCUGGUUCUUGGGAGAGCCGGGCAGCGGCGAAAAGAGCAAGUGUUCUGAGCGCUAUACCAUCGCCAUGGCGGAUACCCAAUGGACAAGUUCCCACAGUCAAAGACUGUUCCAAUGUUAUGGAGAUUCCCCGUCGGUAUCUCUCACAGGAGGAACUCACGAUAACUGAGACGCCACCGAUGGACACACUUGUCCACAUUCAUGCUGGUAUCUGGUCCGCUGAAGCAGUGGUCCGCGCCUAUUGCCAUCGAGCAGCCAUUGCACAUCAGCUUGUCAACUGUCUCACAGAUGCUUUCUUCGAUACCGCUAUCAGUGCUGCAAUGCAGCUCGAUCAGUACUAUCGCGAGACAGGGUCCUUGAAGGGGCCUCUUCACGGGCUCCCUGUAAGUUUCAUGGAUCGUUUUCGCAUCACCGGAAGGGAAACAGCCGCAGGCUAUGUUUCAUGGCUCGGACCUACUGAGACAGCUGCGACGGAGUCCCUGAUUGUUCGUCACAUGCGAUCGUUAGGCGCCAUACCAUUUUGCAAAACCAACACUCCCCAGAGCAUGAUGCUUGCGGAAACAACAAACAACAUCCACGGUAGCACGCAUAACCCGUACAACCGGAUGUUGUCAAGUGGCGGAGCUGCAGGAGUAGGGGAAGGUGCUUUACUCGCACUGAAGGGAUCGCCGAUAGGAUGGGGAACAGAAUUUGCGGGCUCUACACGUAUUCCAGCUGUUUUCAAUGGCCUCUACAGUCUCAAAGUUUCUUCCGGUCGAUUACCAAUGUAUGGCGUGGCUGCUGCCCGGACUAGUCUGCCUACACGAAACUCUACUAUCGCUAUGAUCUCGUGGGAUUUUGCCUUGCUUCAGCUAUUGGCCAAGCUCACUUUGGGUCUCCCCAACCUUCAGGAAGAUCCUGGCUAUCUCGACAUGCCUUGGAGACAAUUCAAAGUCUCGGAGCUGGGUACAAGACGCCCGGUCUUUGCAGUCCUCGAAUUUGACGAGAACAUCCAGCCCCAGCCGCCCGUUCGCCGUGCGUUGAGAAAUCUAAUACAUAUUCUGAGGAGUACUGGAUACCAGGUCAUUGACUGGAAGCCUCCAAUGCAUGCGCCUGCCGUGGAGAGAUAUUUCAGAAUAAUUGGGGCCGAUGGUGCGCAGGCGACACGAGAGCACAUCAAGGCGAGUGGAGAACCCCCAGUGCCCCGACUCAAGGACUGGUAUGACAAUCGACCUCCUAUACCACUGCCAUUGCCGGAGUAUCUGGCUCUUCUAGAGGCACAAGAAAAAUACCAGGCCGGGUAUCAAACAUAUUGGAAGUCGACCUCGAAACUCACUACCAGCAAAAUCCCUGUGGAUGGAGUUAUCAUGCCUGUUUGCGCUGAUGCGGCUUGCUUUGAAAACUCCUUGACUUAUUUUGGCUAUAGUGCCAUUGUGAAUGUUCUGGAUUUUACAGCUGUAACAUUCCCCGUUGGAUUCGUUGAUAUGUCAUUAGAUCCGGGCAAAGAUUCGUUCGCUUCACUCAGCCAAGAGGAUGAGGCUGUGCAUCAGUCUUAUAAUGCCAAUGCAUUCCAUGGGUGCCCUGUAGGGCUACAAUUGAUGUGCAGGAGAACGGAAGAGGAAAAAGCUCUGAGGCUCGUGGAGAUGAUCCUCCAAGCUCAAACUCAGGCGUCAGUGUUCUUUGGGUGA